UAUUGAAUUUCAAAUUGUUAACAACACGCGGAUUAAGAACUUUUUUUGAAGUAAAAAAGAAAACAUUUAGAAUUUUUUUUUUUUUAAGAAGAAGUGAUUUCGUCUAGAGAGAAAUUAAGCUAAACGGUUUAUAUAAAACUACUGUGAAAGAAAAAGGAUUAUUAAAGGAUUAAGCAAGAUUUGGAAUAUUAUUGAAAAUUUCUACAAAAAUUACAACAAGUUUUUGCAACAGCUGCUAUUACAAUGGAUUUGAUGCACCUUAUACCCUAUAUCACUCUCUUGCUCUGCCUGCUCUUUACCCUCAUCGCUGAAACUUCGGCUCGGGCAUUUACAGAUUUGGAUACAUUUAUUUCAACACCCGUUGAUAUUGAUGAUCGUUUCAAUGAUGAAUACUUUUCGAACUAUCAGACUCGUCCAGUAGCUCCCAAAGAUUCUCUAUUAAAUCGUCUAAGACGUGGUUACUACUACAUUGAUGAUGGCGAAAUAACACCCGUUAAUCCCACAGAUAUACAAACCGGCCGUAGACGUCAAGAUACUGGGGAUUCAAAUGAAUCGGAUCAGAAUGGUGUUAAAUAUACUCCCUUAGUGCGUUAUCAUCAGACACAUGCCAAACGCAAGAAGUUGUUUGUGCCCAAUUUCUUUGGUUAAAUGAUCGAUAUCCGAAAAAAAGCGAAUUUUUUGCAUUCCUGUUGUGCGGGAGUUAUAGAAAAGUUUCGGUUGCUUGUGAAAGAGAGUACAGACUGGGAAAAAUUGUUAUUGUAUAUAUACGUGUUAAUACUUAUUAUCAGUAUUUUUUAGUUUUUAAGCAAAUUAUUAAUUAAGUUAUAUUUUAGUUUUAUAAGAUUUUUAAAAAUUUUAAUUAUGUUUAACAAAAAAAAUCAUAUGUAGCUGGUUUACUUUACCAAGAAAAAAUGUUUAAAAUUAAGUA